AAAAAAAAAAAAAAANGGAAAACCAAUCUCCCUUUUUAUUUGUAUCUUCAGAAAUGGAAGAUGAAGAUCAGAAGGAGUUGCAGCUCCUUCCGACGCCUCACACCAUAGCGUCGUCGUCGUCGUCAUCGCACAUGUCGUCCCGCCCAUCCGCGUCGUCGAUGAGGUUCCGGUCGGAUCCGUAUGAAGCGGGUCCAGGAUCGCUGGACCUGCAGCUAUCGAUAAGCGUGAGGCCAAUCCGGCCUACGGCGGAGUGCGUGUUCAAGUACGAGGAGGUGAUGAAGCCGGAGGCGGCGGGCUGCGUGGAGGCGCUGAAGUGGCAGGCGGCGGAGCAAAUAAGGCUGGCGGCGAUGGAAAAGGCGUACGCGGAGAGAGUGAGAGAACUGACGAAGAGGGAGAUAGAAUUGGCGCAGACGGAAUUCGGAAGGGCCCGGCAGAUGUGGGAGAGGGCGCGAGAAGAAGUGGAGAAGGCGGAGCGUAUGAAAGAGAGAGCCACUCGGCAAAUGGACUCUACGUGCAUGGAGAUCACUUGCCAAUCUUGCAGGCAGAGGUUUCGGCCUUGUUAAUUAAAAUCAUAAUCAUAAUUUAUCUCAUUAAUUACCCCCUUAUUUUCUUCUCUUCUUCCUCAUCCACUUAUCAUAGCUUAAUUAUUGAGCCUUAUGCAAGAGUUUCUUUCAAUCCUCUGGUCUGUCUUUCUUUCUUUCUUUCAAUCAAUCCUUUCAAUUCACAAAAAGUACACACAAAAUAUAUGGGUUAUUACUCGGAUCAUCAUCAUCUUCUUCUUCUUCUUCAACAAAAUUCAAAAUUUGGAACUAAAAUUCCAGAAAAAAGAAAAAAAGGGUUUUGUUUUGGGAAUUAAGUUAUUAAUUUGGACAUGGAGUAUUUGUUUAUGACAUAAUUUGGAGUUCUGGUAGUGAAGAUCGGCAUGUAUAUAUUUUAUUAGAUUGCCUUUUUUGUUUUUUAUUUUUAUUUUUAUUUUUAUUUUCUGGGAAAUCUAGUUUAUAUUAUCAC